GUCCUGGCUUAAAAGUCUAAGGAUUUUCUCAAUGAUGAGUUUUACCUUGUUAAAUCCUAGUGUACACAUGUUAUUUGUCUUUUUAUUGCAAAUGUGUGGCAUAAUCUUUCAUUUAUUUUCUUGUAGUGAACUCUAUCUUAAACAUUCAUCAACAUAUAGAGUUUACGACAAAGGACUUUGCUACCAUAUUAUUCAGCGCAUUGAUUAAUUUGUAAAGCGCUCAUUUAUCCUAAUUAUAAAAUAUAAUCUGUACAAGACAUUAAAAAAAUGGAAGUGUCCUUCAUCAGUUUGCAACCCGCUCGCGACGGUGUGGCAUAUUCUAUUUGAUGCACCCAAUUUGACUUGAUUUCUCUUUAUACAUAUAUCCAUCUUCCUAUUUUUUAGUAUUUCAUUUUAGUAAGUGAUUUUAAAUUUGAGAGGGUAGAUUGUGAAACCCCACUCCUUGAAUUAUGUGUAAUUUCAUAUUUUUUCCCAAAAACUUAAUGAAAUUUGCGUUUUAGUCCCUAAUUCCCUUACCCAAUCCGGAUCUAAAAGUGGAUUGCUCUUCCACUCACAACUUGCCACGUGGCAAGUUGUCAACUCCCAUCUCCCUUUCUUCCUUCCCCCGACACCUCUCCUUUCCUUCUCUGCAAUCACUCUCUUCUCUCUCAAAUCUCACUCAUCUGUCUCCCUCUCUAUCUCCCGUGAGCCACACUCGAACUCACUCAUCUGUCUCCCUUCACCAUCCUCUUCCUCUCUCUCUCGUCGUUGCAAGGCACGACGGAGCCCAGGAAAACCCAGGCACCCCGAGGGCACCCAACCCAAAAUCCGGCUACCUUCGGGCCUUUCACGACGUUGGGAAGAUGGAAAGGACCUGAUUACAUAUUUCCCCUGCUCACAGACAUUUGCAUUGCACCUUGCAAACACCAGUUUUUUUGUUUGAACAUCGAUCCACAUCAAUGGCUCUUGUGAGAACAUCUCCAGGAACCUCCUCUGAUUCCAACACUUUCGGAGUUAUCGCUACGACGUGUUCUUGAGCUUCAGAGGAGAAACUCGCAAGACUUUUACCGACCACCUCUACACAGCCUUGAACAACGCAGGAUUUCUUACGUUCCGAGACGACGACGAACUUGAGAGAGGAGAAGAUAUAAAGCCAGGACUGCAGAACGCGAUCCAGCAGUCACGAACUUCUGUUGUCGUGUUUUCGAAAGAUUACGCUUCAUCCAGGUGGUGUCUUGAUGAGCUUGUGCUGAUCCUUGAACGCAAGAGGACCACCUCGGACCAUGUUGUUUUACCAGUCUUCUACGAUGUCGAUCCAUCCCACGUGAGGAAGCAGACAGGAAGUGUUGGAAAAGCAUUUGCUAGAAGCCAGAAAAAUCAGUCGUCGGAAAAGGUGGAGGGAUGGAGGAAGGCACUUGCAGAGAUUGCAGACCUAGCAGGCAUGGUCUUAAAAAAUCAAGCUGAUGGGUAUGAGUCAACGUUUAUAAAAAACAUUGUUAAAGUGAUAGGAGACAAGUUAAGUCGCAUGCCAUUGAGUGUUGAACCAAAAUUGAUUGGAAUUCAAUCUCAAGCCGAACGCAUCAAUUUGUGGUUACAAGAUGGAUCAAGUCAUGUUGGUAUAUUUGUUGUGUAUGGCAUGUCUGGAAUAGGGAAGACAACCAUUGCAAAACAUGUUUACAAUUCAAACUUUGGAAGCUUUCAAGGAAGUAGUUUCAUUGAAAAUAUCAAAGAAACAGCAGAUCGACCAAAUGGCUUAGUUCAAAUACAAAUGCAACUUCUUUGUGAUAUUUUGAACGGCAGAGAAGUGAAAAUACAUAGUGUUAGUGAGGGAAUAAUUAAGAUUGAAAGGGCCAUAAGCACUAGAAGAGUUCUACUUGUUCUUGAUGAUGUUGACCAAAUGGACCAAUUCGAUGCAAUCCUAAGGAUGAAGGAUCAGUUUUAUCUUGGAAGUAAGAUACUAAUAACAACUAGGCGUGAAAGGUUGCUAAAGGCAGAUCAAGUUACAGAGGUGCACAGAGUUCGGACUUUGUAUUACAAUGAAUCAUUAAAGCUUUUCAGUUGGCAUGCUUUUGGCCAGGACCAUCCCAUAGAAGAAUACAUGGAGCACUCAAAACAACUAGUGCAACAUAGCAGCGGACUUCCCUUAGCUCUAAAAGUUUUGGGUUCUUCUUUAUCAGGGGAAAGUAUAGCUGUAUGGGAAAGUGCAUUGGAGAAGCUAAAAGUUAUUCCUGAUGGUGAAAUCAUGAGUAAACUAAGAAUAAGCUAUGAAAGUUUAAAAGAUGACCAUGACCAGAAAUUAUUCCUCCACAUUGCUUGUUUCCUAAUAGGAAGGAACAAAAGCUACAUUGUUAGAAUACUCGAUGGAUGUGAUUUCUAUACAAUCAUUGGCAUUCAAAAUCUCAUUGAUAGAUGCUUGGUGACACUUGAUAAAUACGGCAAGGUGGAAAUGCAUGACAUGAUUCGUGCUAUGGGAAGAGAAAUUGUUCGCCAAGAAUCAGAAGAGCCUGAGGAACGGAGUAGAUUAUGGCGCCAUAAGGAUUCUUUCCAAGUAUUGAGGAAAAAGAAUGGUACAAAAAAAAUCCAAGGUCUUGUCCUGGAUAUGCGUAAUCAUCCUGCAAACAGUCCAAUAAACACAAAUGAGAUAGUCUUGGAAACCAAUGCAUUUGCAAGGAUGCGUAAUUUACAACUACUCCAUCUUAGUCAUGUACGACUGGAUGGAUGUUAUGCACUUUUCCCUACAGGAUUAAGAUGGUUGUGUUGGCUUGAAUUUCCUUUGGAUUCUAUACCAAUUGAUUUUCCUUUGGAGAACGUAAUUGUUCUUGAAAUGCAAUACAGUAGCUUGAGACAAGUAUGCAAAGGAACAAAAUUUCUUCCAUCGUUGAAGAUCCUUGACGUCAGCCAUUCUCAUGGCCUUAGUGAAACCAUUGACUUCUCACUUUUCCCCAAUCUAGAGGAACUGAUUCUUGUAGGUUGCACAAGCCUGAAGAAUGUUCAUGAAUCCAUUGGAAACUUGGAGAGACUCGUGUACUUGAAUAUGAAGGAUUGCAAGAAUCUUAGGAAGCUUCCAAAGAACAUGUGCAUGCUUAAAUCACUUGAAACACUCAUUUUAUCUGAUUGCUCAAAUCUUGUUGAGUUUCCAGUAGAGAUGAUGAAGAACAUGGAGUCUCUGAAAGUUCUUGAGACAGAUGGAAUUCUAAUAGGUGAAUUGAGGCCAGAAAGAAGUUCAACCAUCUUGAGUUCUUUUCCAUGCUCUUUAGUAGAGUUAAGUAUGAAGAGGUGCAAUCUUUCUGAUGAUGUCCUUCCUACGGAUUUAAGUAAUCUAUCCUACUUGCGAAGACUACAUUUAGAUGAGAAUCCAAUUUGCAGUCUGCCAGUUUUCAUCAAAGGUUUGAGGAGGAUCGAUGAACUCUCUUUCGAGGGUUGUGAUAGGCUCGAAUCGCUUGUGGGGUUGCCGGAAUUACACCAAGGGCUAAGUAUAGUCGGAUGCAUAUCAUUAAAAAAAAUAACUUUUCAUUCCCCUGAGCGGUUGUGUCCAAUUUUUUUUUGUGACAACUGGAAUCUUGUUGAGUGGGAGCGCUGUUACAAGUUAGAGCCUAUUGAUAGAGUUGAUGUGGAAAUGAUCAAACUUUUGGGCUUGUGCAACUUGGAAUCCAUGCCAGCUGUUCGAAUGAAUUAUCUACACUCAUACAAGGAUCGAAAAGAGGUCCCCGUCCAGGAACUGUGUCAACGUGGUAUAUUCAGAACGUUUUUUGUUGGGAAUGAGGUUCCAGGCCAGUUCAGCUAUAUAAGUACCAAGUCCUCGAUAUCUUUUAUUGUCCCUUUACUACAUGCUAGUCACAGAAUUCGAGGCUUGAACAUCUUUGCUACCUAUGCAAAGAAAAAUUCAAAUAAUUAUUCUACUAUACCUAUUAUUGGUCCAAUAAUGAUCAAAGUGAGAAACAAGAGUAAGGGUCUGAAGUGGAUCUAUAGCCCAGAGUUCCGUGGAAUUCCAGGUGACGGAGAAGAUAUGAUAUGGUUGAGCCAUUGUAAGAUGGAGUAAAACAAUAUUACAAUGUGGAGAUGAAGUGGUGGUUUCGGUAAUAUCCGGACGACGUGACUUGUUUUGGGUAAAGGAGUUUGGUGUCCAGCUUGUGCAAGAGCACCAAGACAGGAUGAGUACCCAACACAACAAAUCAGAUCCUAAUUAUGCAUUUGUUAUCGGUGGAGAUUUGAAGAUGUGGGAGUGCAGUUUGGGAUUAUACCUCAUUGGCGGUUAUGAAGGAGGAGAUAUUGACCGCAUUGAUAUCCUCACCAUGGACUCUGAUGAAGAAGACACAAACAAAGAAGGGCAAGAGGAUGAACCUGAUUACACAAUUGCAAAGACGAGGGCUGCUAGCAAUAACUGCAGCCUGAGAGGCUGGAAGGUGCGCCUCACAGCUGUCGGCUUCUUUUUCGCGCUGGCUCUAGUAGGUUGGCCCUCCCAAAAAAAGAAGCGACACUCGUCCACAAGCCCACCAUGAGUUUGUAAUUUGACUUGAUAUAGAUAUAUCUUUGCAUUCCUUGCUCUCAAGAUGUUUUCUACCUUCAAAACUUCAGGUUCAGAGCUAAGCACUCUUAACCGCUUGAGAUAUAAAAGCCCCUUGCAACUAGA